AUCACAUAUUUAAGUUUAUAAGUGCUUACAAAAAAUUGACAAAAAUGGCGAUGGAAUGGAUAACUGCUAUGGACAAACGUCCUUGUGAUCGAAACUUACGUGAUGUGGAACUAAUAUCCUGUCGCUUGCGUCGCGUGGAGCCGCUCUGUCGUCUGCCGGGCUCAGCCUUGCAACAGUUGGCCAUGUGUGGGUUCUACGAGGAUUUAGAAAAGGGUGUAACGCUUUAUCGAGCUGGCGAGCAAGGACGCUACUGGUAUGCGGUUUUGGGGGGCUCCCUAGAAGUCCGCUACCAUGCACAUGCUGAUGGCGACGGGAAGACAGCCGUAACUUUGUGCAAUCUCGGCGUGGGAGCCACAUUUGGUGAAUCAAUACUUCACGACUUGCCACGUGACAGCACAGUCGUGACAAAGACAACCUGUGAGCUGUUGCGUGUGGAGCAGCAAGACUUUCGACUCAUCUGGGAGAAAAACAAGGAGUUGAUGAAUGACAUUAUCACUAAUUGCAAACUAAAGAAUGGCUUUGGUCCCGGUGUGCAGCCCGCUGCAGCAGCAUCGCCCACAAAACGCCCAUUGAGUCCGGAUCAUCCCAAUCCAGCGCUUCCCAUAACCGAGACGCCGAGUCCUGCUAUGAACCGCAUGGGUUGGGCGCUGCGCACAUUACUCGUUGCUGAUAACUCAAGUUGUCUUAAGGAUCGCAAGGUUUCGGGAAAGUUAAUACGCAAGUGUGCGCCCGGCACGGAGCUAGUGGAUUGGUUGGUCAACCUAUCGCCCAUUGUACAUACUCGUGCCCAGGCGGCUGGCAUGUGGCAGGCUCUGCUCGAAGAAGGCGUUCUGACUCAUGUCAAUAAGGAGCAACCGUUCAAGGAUAAGUGCUUUCUGUAUCGUUUUCGCUUGGAUGAGGAGGGAGGUGCUCCAGCAGCUGGCAUACCAGUGGCAGAAGAUUUAAACACGGCUAAUGAGUACAUACGCGAGGCAUUAAGCACGCUCUUCCAACGCGGUCCUGAUGCCACGUUGCGUAUGAUAUUACGGAAACCGUCGCAUGAACGCACACCCGAGGAACUGGAGCUGGUAUUUGAGGAACUCGUGCAUAUUGCCGCGCUCUCACAUUUAUCGACUAGCAUCAAGCGUGAACUGUCAUCUAUAAUUGUAUUCGAAGCCCACACACAGGCGGGCACCAUACUAUUCAAUCAAGGCGACGAGGGCCGAUCCUGGUACAUCUUGCUAAAAGGCUCGGUAGAUGUUGUGAUACAUGGCAAGGGCACAGUUGCCACUUUGAAGACUGGCGAUGAUUUUGGCAAAUUGGCUCUCAUAAACGACGCACCAAGAGCUGCUACCAUCGUACUCAAGGAGAACAAUUGUCAUCUAUUGCGAGUCGACAAGGAGCAUUUCAAUCGUAUAUUGCGUGAUGUGGAGGCCAACACCUUGAGAUUGCAGGAGCACGGCAAGGACGUUUUAGUGCUGGAACGCGUGGCCAAGCAACGCGGACAACAUUCGGCAUUCAAAUACACGGUCAUGUCGGGCACUCCCGCCAAAAUGCUGGAACACUUGCUCGAGACCCGACUGGGACAGACGGUCAGCGGCAUGGAUCCAUUCCUUGACGAUUUCCUGCUCACACAUAUUGUUUUCAUGCCCGUGGUGCAGCUGGUCGACGAGCUGGCCAAUUACUUUCAUUGUGAUGCGCAUGCUGAGGCCCAGACGCCGGAGGAUCGGGAGUACAUAAUCAACUUUAAGAAACGCGUCAUACACUUUAUGCAGAAAUGGGUCAUGGCCGUGCGGCAUGCGGCCUUCGAAGAGCCCAGCGUGUGCGAUUUUAUUGAGGACUUGGCUGCCGAAGUGGAGGCUGAUCCCGAUUUGAAUGAAGAGACAAGCAUAAUACACAACGUGCUCACACAAAUGGCGCGAUACCAGGAGGAUCGAAAUCAGAAUGCAGGCCAAAAGUGGAAGCUCCCUCCGAAUGGCCAGCCAAUAUGUUUAUUCAGCGGCAAUGCGACGCCAUCGAAAACGGUUAUACGACCGGAUGAUGACAUCAUUUUUCGUGUGUAUUGUGCCGACCACACAUACUGCACGCUGCGAUUUCCGAUGCAUACGACCGCAGAGCUAAUCAAGGCUUGCGCCGCCGAUAAGCUUCAAUUGAAUCGCGGCCCCGAGGACUUGUGCCUGGUCGAGGUGAGGUCGAAUGGAGAGCGCGCCGUAUUCAAGGAUAACGAUGUGAGCAUACCAACUGGCUUAUCGCUCAACGGCCGAUUGUUUGUGUCCGUCAAGGAUCAUUUGGAUGCACUGACACCACUGCAGGAGCAGGAAUGCCCCACAGAGGGUGUCGACAUCGAUUUGGAAGUUUUGAGCACCAAAGAGCUGGCCUAUCACAUCACAUUGUUCGAGUGGGAUUUGUUUUGGGCAGUGCACGAAUACGAGCUCCUCUAUCACACAUUCGGACGGCAUCAUUUCGGCAAAAUAACGGCUAACCUGGAUGUGUUUCUUCGACGCUUCAACGAAGUGCAGUAUUGGAUCGUCACCGAACUGGUCUCCACGCCCAGCCUAAGCAAACGCGUAGGUCUGGUGCGGAAGUUCAUUAAGCUGGCUGCCUACUGCAAGGAGUAUCAAAAUCUCAAUGCAUUUUUCGCCAUUGUCAUGGGUCUCUCCAAUAUGGCUGUAACGCGACUACAGCAAACCUGGGAGAAAAUACCAUCGAAAUUUCGGAAAAUAUUUCAAGAGUUCGAGGCUCUUAUAGAUCCCAGUCGCAACCAUCGGGCGUAUCGCGUAUUUGUGGGCAAGCUUCAGCCCCCUUUGGUGCCCUUCAUGCCGCUGCUGCUAAAGGACAUGACAUUUGCACACGAAGGCAACAAGACGAGCCUGGAUGGACUUGUGAAUUUCGAAAAGAUGCACAUGAUGGCGCAAACAAUGCGAACCAUAAGAUUUUGCCGCUCACGCAGCCUGGGUCUGGAACCACCAUCACCGAAGAGCGAGGGCGAAGUACGUUCGUACAUAAGCAGUUUUCGUGUGAUUGACAACCAACGCAUUCUCACCGCCCUGUCACAGAAAAUAGAGCCCACUAGAAAAGUUUAGAUGUAAUUUACAAGUACAAGUACUAAGUAAAUUCAAUAUAUGUUGAGCAGCCGCUUAAAGGCUUAAAUAGCUAUAUUGUCAUCAGUCAAAUAUUGAAAUAUUUUAUAUAAGUGUCUAUAAUAUGUGUUUAACCCAGAGGCGAAACCGCAUGGAAGUAACUUCAACAAAGAGCUUACCUAUUCUAACAAAUUGAGCAUUUGAGUCUAAGCAUUGAAAUCUUAGAAAACUCCAUCUCUACACUAAAACAAAACUUAUUAUUAAGCUUAGCCAAUACCCCAUAAUAUACACAUUAUAAAUAGAUACAUACUUAAAUAUUUAAAACACUAUUUAUAUAUCAAGUUCUAUUAAACUUAACCGCAUUUUGUGGUAAAUCUGUAGAUCUAUCAAUGCAGUGGUAUUGACCUUUUGAAACUUUAUGCUGUAGUACAAAAGUCUGUGAAAACAAUUGGCAACAAAGGAAAAAAUAUAAUAUGGAGUGGCAUUUGAGAGCGUGAUACUAAACUAUUAGAAGAAACAAUAUCAGAAAUGCACUACAACUUUAUCCUAAAACUCUGCAGCACACAUACAAGUAUAUAGUACAUAACCACUACUACUAUUUAAGUACUAAGUUUCAAUAUUUUGUAAAAAUGUAUAAAACAGAAGGAACCUGCACUAGCGUUCAAAAAUGCAAGUACUUGUAGAAUUCCGAACCCAAAGUAGUAACACAGACAAAAUUUAAAUUAAAAAAAUUAGCAAUUUAUUUUUCUAUCACUAAUUGGGAAGUAAAUACUAUAGAAUAGAUAUUAAGCAAAAUUCUAGUUGAAACUAGUUAUUAGCAAAUACAUACUUGUAUGUAGUAAAUAGUUGCGCAUAAGUCACGUAGUCCUAGGUAUUUUAAUUUUGUUUAAUAUUUUUAUUUUAAAACUUUAUACAGAAAAAUACUAAUAAAUUACAACUACAUUAAUCUA